AUGUACGCGCAGCAGCAGCAGCAGCAGCAGCAGCAGCAGCAGCAGCUGUUGCUGUUGGCCAUUGUGGCUGCGCGUUUCGAUGGCACAGCCAAGCGCACGCUGGCUGCGGCCUGUGAGCAAUCGAACAAUGGAUACACGAACAACCACAACGAUUACAACAACAACUACAUUGAUGGCAUUGCAGAUAGCAGCGCCAACAAUGACAACGACGACGGCAGCAACAAAGCGGCUGUCAAAUGGCAAAAACUACACGGAAAUCCUUUGGGCAUAUAUAGACAGGAACUGGAGCAACUGCAGCAGCAGCUACAACGACAAGAGUUUGAUGAAGAUCCUGAGCCAGCUACCAAUGACUUCCUACAGCAAUUGUCUGGCCCAGGUGUGGCUACAACUGAUGUGGAUCAGGCAAUAUGCACGAGCGGCGUUAAUUCAUGGCCAAAGCUUAAAAUUCUAUGCAUAUGCAAUUGCAGGCAGCAGCAGCAGCAACACAACAACAACCAUAACGACAACAACAGCAGCAUUGACUUUGAAGGCGAAGAGGACUAUGCUGUGGCUGAGGCCCACCAGGAUGCCAACGAGCUCAGCGAACAGCUGCCAUAUGGCAUUCAAAAUGUGCGCAAGCGACGCGUGCGCAGCGUCAUGCCGCCGCAAUAUGCAAGCGCCAGCGCCAGCAACACAGAAGCCGUCACUUAUCAGUCGCUAUGUCCCACAAAGCGAGUAACUGUCAAGCUGGACAAUGGCGAAUACCGUCCCAAUCACUAUGUGGAGGUCACCUGCGCCAACAACUACGCCCCGCUGCCCGCACGUCUGCACAACUAUGACUACAAUUAUCGCCCAAACGAGCUGCCUCUGCUGCGUGCACUGCUGAACGAGCGCAACGGCGAGAAACGUGAGAUUUGCUCAGCCACUGGAUUCGCUUGCAUACAGCUAAAUCGCACUAUACAUCUCAUACGCCUGAACGAUGCCAGCGGCUGCUGGGAAUCCGAAACGCGCACUGUGCCCUCCGGCUGCGAGUGCAUGUGGCCCAAGCAUAACUACGGCGACAUUGCGUCCUAUCAUCAGGCACAGAAACGUUUCAGCCACACGCUGACCAAUCUGCGCAGGAGCUCAGCCGGCAAUGUGGACUAUACUCCUGGCGUGGGCUAUCGUCAGCUCACUCUGCACUCCCGUAAAGCCAAAGCAGAGGCGGAGCCACGCAGUCGACGCGCAGAUGUUUUGGAUUAUGAGAGCUAUUGAGGAAGAGGCAACACUUUGUGGACCAAAUCAAUUAUUUCUUGCUGUGUUUUUAGCCAUAGUAAAAUGUUUUGUUGCUUUUUUGCCAACGCAACAUUAUUUGUAUGCUUAAGAAAAACCAAAAAUCAAACUGAAUACAAUG